AUGUCUUCGGCAGAUCCUAGCAGCAUUUCCGACGAUAUACCAAGCUCAUCAACCAAUAACGAGUCACAAAAAUCGGGCGAUUUAAAAAACGAUAAAACAUUUUCCCGCUAUCGUUCCCUCAUUGUGGUGGAGUGUGGUCUGAAAAUUGCCACCAAUGAGGCAACGUUGAAACGUUUGCAAAAUUUACGUAGGGAAUUGAAUUACAUUAAUGAAACCGAUUGGAUGUAUGAGCCGGUCGAUAAGAAAAUACCAUAAG